CAUGAGGUGCCAACUUCACAGAGGUGGCUUGCGAGCCGGCGGCUUGUUUUUGCGCGGCGUAACGGCUGUUGUGUUUACGCAAGGUCACCGCGCUAUCAUUCGCUCAGUGAGACGCCACCCGGCGCGGCGAACGCUGCUCCUGCGUAUCGUCGCAUUAUUGUUCGGAACGCGACCGCGACAGGCCGCGGAGCGAUAUCGGAUCGCGAUCAUUCUCUACCGCGACCGAGCGAUUUCCGCGACUGACGAUUCGCGUGUGUGUGUGUGAGACGACGGGUUUGUUCAUCGAAUGGACGUCUUGCGCGGAUCCAUCUAUCUCGUGCAGGAGUCGGGGGAGGAUGAACGUUUCGCUCACUUAAACGUGAUUUAUUUCAAUCAUUUUCGGAGUUAACUCGCGGAGCAACGAAUCCGAAUCGCUCGUUCGGAUCGAACAAUUUGAGUAACGGGAAGUGAUAUACAUCGUGGUGUGUGUUUUUGAAAUGCAUCGACUCUACCGAACCGACUGUUAACUCGACUCCGUUAAUCACGUGGCGUGACAAGAAAUAUUCGGGCGAUUAAUAUUCGCGCGAUCGUAAUCUGCCAUAUUUUCGCGAGUGUCGUGUGUACCACGAAGGAGAAAACAGAGGGACGAGAGGAGAGGCCUGGGAUGACGUCCAACGACCAAAUUCGUGCUAGCCUCGUCCAGUUUGACUUUCGUCCCUUCGUUAGGUCGACUUAUCGAGCCAAAACGCCACAUCGAACAGCACAUAUUUCGGAGGUGUUCCAGGCAGCUGUGGUAGCAGCGGCGGCUGCAGCCGCGGGUGGUGGUGGCCAGCAACCCGCACCAACACCGGGCGGCGGGAGCGAGACCAACCCCGAAGGCGGAGUGGAGGCUGCUGCGUUGGCACCUGUCACCUCAGGCGCGACGACACCCGCAACAGCGACACAAGGCACCGACCUCAAAGGUCAACCAAAACGUUUACAUGUCAGCAACAUACCUUUUCGCUUCCGAGACCCUGACCUCAGGGCAAUGUUCGGGCAAUUUGGGCCAAUCCUUGACGUGGAAAUUAUAUUUAACGAAAGGGGAAGCAAGGGAUUCGGUUUUGUAACAUUCGCAAAUAGUGCUGACGCGGACCGGGCACGUGAGAGGCUACACGGCACCGUGGUUGAGGGCAGAAAGAUUGAGGUGAACAACGCUACAGCGAGGGUACAGACGAAAAAACCGCCGACGGUGCCGAACGUGUGCGUACAGUGGCCCGAGGCAGCUGCGGCGCUUAGAGGAGUCGCCAUACAGCGCGGCCGGGUAGGAGCGGCGAGGGCGACUUUCCCAACAGGCGCGGCCGCCCUGGCGCUUGCCAGGAAUCCAGGGCCGCUUGCAGCUGCAGCUGCGGCCACGGCCCUGCAUCCCUUUGCACCCACUGUUUACUACGACCCCUUCCUCGCAGCUCACGCAGCGUCGCAGGAUCCCAACUACAGGUUGCAGCUGGAAUGGCCUCAAGCAACAGCUGACGCCGCUGCAGCGGCGGCCGCAGCAUCACCGUUGUUGAAGACACCACUAUCAACGGCACAGCAGGCUACGUACGCAGCUGCAGCAACGUACACGGCGGUGGCUGCGCGCGCAUACGGCGCAGCUGCAGCUGCGGCACAACCGGUCGCAGGAUAUGCCGCAGUCGCGGGUUACGGGCGUGAAUACGCCGAUCCCUACCUCGGGCAUGGCAUCGGACCUGUGGCGGGUUACGGGGCAACUGUGUACAGAGGUGGCUACAACAGGUUCACGCCAUACUAAAUGGGAUCGUUGAUAGCAGAGCGCGAGAGCCUUCCAAUUACUCAGCAGAACAUGACCAGACACAAGUCGACUCAAUCAUCAUCGUCAUCUUUGCCAUCAUCGAGAUCACCCGCGAAACGACGAACCCGUGCAUGCUGAUUCCGCCGGUUUUACUCCCGACCUUUGCCACUCGGGAUCAUCGUGAAGACACGAGACCGUUCUUGACUUCUUCAGCACCGAGACCGUUCGAGAUCGGAACUGUUGUAAGCGCAAAGCGUCUAUGUCGAAUCUUGAAAUAGUAGUACCUUUGAAAAUAUGCAAACGGGCGAGAAAAAUCGGUCAGUAAAUGCAGCAGCAGCGGCAGCGAGUUCGGCGCAUCGGAGUGUCGAGUCGUGUUCGGCCGGAAGUCGCCUCUAAGUCAGCUCUAAGUCGCUCCCCUGCCAGCAGCUAUUCGCAGGGGGGAGGACUUUUCUACCUGACUUUCGUUUCCAUCUGACAAAUCGGAUUGGCUCGUCUGAGCAAAUUGAAGUGAGUUUCAAACAUUGAGAUUAAAAUGAAAUUAACGGCAGUGCUAAUCGCGCUUGCCAAUUUUAUUGCCCGAAAUUAUUCCCGAUAACGCCACCACAUUUCCGUAUUUAUACUUGUCAGGUGUUUUCAACGACACAUUAACAUGACUCCAAGCGUUUUAAUCUCGCGAGAGGUUUCACAAGCCACUAAACGAAAUAUAAUAUGACAGUAGUUAUAUUUCUCUCUUUCUCUCUCUUGUUUAUAGUUUUUUGUAAAAUGCAUUACUAUUAUAACCGAUACGAUGCAUCCGAUUCAUGCACGUUUGCCCAUUUACCGAGAUAUUUGUAAUAUAGCUGUACAUUUGUUGUAAUUAUUUCAGUUUAAGAGACAACGUUGCACAAUACAAUUUGCAUUCAUAGUUUAAAAUUAGCAGAUAGUGUUAAUAAUUCGAAGGGGCUGCCGAAUCGAGAGAGAGAGCCCUGAACAUUUCGCACAAAUAUCGUAGGAUGAUUUGACGCACAUUUAUUUCAGUAAUGGAAUCAACAUGAGCAAACGUGCGGUUACUGAAUAUACAACUAUCGCAAAGUGACACGUAAUAUUUUACUACAGUGUAAAACGUAACUUCUCUGCUAUGGCAGCAAGGCAUUGACGAUUUCAGUCGACACGAAUCGGCACGAGGUGAUCCGAGAAAGCGAGAAUCUUUAGGUAGCUAGUUUAAAAGAAAAAAAAAGAAAAACGACCUAGAAAGAAAUAAAGGCAUCCACAUGACCGGUAGGGUUUCUAUGCCAAAUAAGUGUGUAUGCGCUUUUUGCGCGCGUGUGUAUGCGUAGGUUUGCGAGCCGAAACUCUGUUCUCAGUAAACAUAGAAGGGUAGCAAAAACCGGAAGAAGACAGGGACAAGAACCGCUUAAGACCUCCGAAACAGUAUGUCGGAUUCUAAUUGCGCAGGGUCUAAUCAAAUCGAUUCCUCGAUUACAAUAACGCGCAACUUCGAGCCUCAUUUAUCUUUUACAAUUUGAUCAAGCGCCUCGACCCUGAAUUCUCAUUUCGUAUGCUCCAUUUGCCGGACAUUUAAGCUAAAUUAAAGCUAAUUUUUUCUCACUUUAUGACUUCGCCGACAUCGAACACCGACGUAUUUUCUGUUAAAUAACGAAAUUCGAAAGAGGUACGUCUUGCAUUAAAUGACAAGAAUUUGAAGGAUCUGUUGAAACUUGAAAAGAUCUGUUUUAUAGUUUUAAUUCUUUGAAACUUGAAUUUAAGAUUUACUUCCAUGAAGUGGUUAUUUCGAAACAUUUCGUGCGGCAAUUUUAUUAACAUCCUUUUGCGUAAGAAUACAGCGGCGAAUUUUGUAUUGGAGCAGCGAACACGGUAAUAUUGUCUCAUCAACGUCCUCUUUCCCUGAGAAGAAUCCGAUAUUGAGUUUGCCACGCGAUACUCCUUCCCCUUCUCCCCCCUCCCCCAGUGUGUACUACUUAUUUAUUUAGUUAAGCGACUGAAACAGACAUGACAAUUUUUUUUACUGCAGUAAACGUUAAGCAGAAUCCACCUCGUAAUCGCUAAGCGCAGAAUCUCGACGCCAAUGAACGAGAAUGUAGUAGUAGUAUGUAAACGAAGAUAGAUUUGUAGAAUGCGUCUUUUAGUGUGAUCGAUCUUGCAAGGCGCAUCGCGAACGCACGGGGCUCUGUCCGCUACACUAAGUCGGACCGCUAUUGAUCGGCAAUAAGCAAUAUUGUGCGAGCAACUCUUUAGCGUGGACAUUGCAUACUCAACAGGUCGUUUCGGUUCCUCGAUGUUGAAGUGACGCGCGCGCCUGUGUAAAACGAAUUCGUCUUCUUAUCGCAAGGGAUGAUUGGGCUCAGCUAAAUGCCGACGUCAGUUGUAACGAAAUACAUCGAGUAAUCGGAAACGCCGAUUAUGGAUAGAUACUUUCGAGUAACGUUAGCAGCGCUUUUCUUUCUUUUUUCGUCCCUUUUUAGUUGCGAGGUAUCGACUUUGUGUACUUUGUGUAUCUUGAUAAUGAAAUAUAAUUUUUGUAUUUACAUAUAAGAUUUUAUGAAAAUUCUUUACUGAACUUUACGCACAUGACUUUUUAUAUAAAAUGUACUUCUCAUUCUUGGGGAAUUGUUAGUUUAUCUGUAGAGAUGCUUGUCUUUGAAUCGCCGUCAAUUUCGGUCUCUAUUCCGAUCGGCGUUCUCGGUCACUAGAUCUUUCUCUUGUGACACUGCUUCCUGAUCGAGUAGAUAUACAGCUGCGCCAUACAGAAAGAUGCUCUACUUGAGAGUAAUGCGAAAGGAAAAGAAAAAUGGUACGCACAUUGAGUCGAAUGAGUGAUAUCUCUGUUAAAUUAAUAAUUAAGCGAGGAUUUAUCGUAUAUAUUAUACGUAAACGGAUAAGAUAUGUUACGCCACGUUGCGCACGGCAGGAAUAAAGAGACGUGUAUGCGAACUGAUGCAACCGAAGGGCGGAGAGUAAGGAGGAGAAGGAGGACGGAAGGGAGGAGCAAAGAACAUAAGAAGUGUGAAAUAGCCAAAUAUGACAAAGAUGUUUUAGAAAGUACGGCAGGUAGUUUGGCCGUCGUUACGUUUUAAUCUAAUCUUCAACUAGGAUUAGGCUAAGCUCUAGGACUCGAGGGCGCUCGAGGCAGAACGCGACAACUCUUUUUUUUUUCUCUCUUCUUUCGCGAACGUCGUGUACAUGUACAUAGAUCAACGUAGAUUUUUCGAGCACAAAGAUAAAGUGGAGGAGCGUGCCGAGGAACGCACUAUAAUUUAGAAAGUACUGUAAAGAAGCAAGCAGAAGAAACCACACAGACAUACUCAUGGUUCUCGUAAAGUUAAACUAAUGAACGUAGAUUAAUUAAUUGAUUAUGCAGUGAAUACCAGAAAUGGAUUUUGUCGCGGAACGUGACACGUGCGUGCUCGUCGUACGUGAAUGACGGUUGUCGAGUCGUGGAAAAUUGUCGGUUUCCCUUCCGCGUGAAAGGCAGCGCAAGUAACUGUACGCGGGCUCGGAGGAGAGAUGAUAAAAGGAAGCGAGAGACGAAUACGUUUGGAAAUAGAGAUUUUCGCAGCCGCACUUACCGCGGGUGCACACGAGAGCACACGAGAGAGAUUCUGCGAGGUUUAUCUCCCUGUAUAUUGUACACUGUAAUUACAAUUUAUACUUACUCGUAAUCGAGACCUUUAUCGAUAGGCUAUUACUAUUAGUGGCUAGCGUAAUAAAAGUCAAGCUCAAAUUAGUGAGGCGGGAGAGCCGCGCGAGACGCUGUUUCCCUUCGCGGUUCCGUCGCGUCCCAUUUUGUCACAAAUGCACAACUCCCUUUCCUCGAUUCCCCCUUUCUCUAUGCGCGUUACCGUUGCAAGCAGGCCUAUCGUACAAGAUGUUCAUAGAAACUAGAGGCUAGAUCGGCUCUCUUUCUCCCCCGCCUUCUCCCCUUCCUCUCACGACUCCCCGGUGUUCUAUGUUUCGCCCUCUCGACAGUGAAAGAAAGUAGCGUUCGUUGAUUUAUUUCGUUCUCUAAAAAUGAAACUAGAUUGCUUUACUAUUGGGGGAAAAAAAGGAAUCACGAGAGGAUUGAUGGAAAAUUGUUUCGGCUAUUCAAAACGUUGUCUACAAAGAACGCGACAUAUCUAGAUGAUAAUAUUAUAAUUUACGAGCAAGUCCAACCGACUUCUGCCAAAUUUCCGCACGUUUACGGUAUCUUCAUGUCCCGAAACCCCCCCUCUUCACCGUCACUUUAGUCUUCGAUCCUCGUCGAACGUACCUUCCUUUGCGGAUCGAAGAGCUCGUUUCUGCAAACGUCCGUAUUUUAAAUAAUCCACGUCAGAUUCGAGUGAAAUUGUUUGAAAUACGGAAUCUGCACGACGUGCAGAGAGGAUCUCUUCUGUUCUGACGAAUUAACGACGGAUGCGCAAACGAGGGUCUCGAGCCUGAAUUUUCAACUCCGCCGAUGAUUGAUUUCUACCCCCGUCGAUGAUAAGACCCAGAAGCUAGUGGAAUCGCGCAGUGUAACAUAACUCAAUGAUACGCACCGUACAUUAUACGUAUAAUUAAUUAACGAUAAAUACCGUAAAGGGAUUUUUAAAUGAAUCUAGAUGAAUACAUGACUACAUAACGACACAUCUUACAAGCAACAUAUCCUAGGUAUUUGAGCACGGUGCUGCCGGAGGAUUUCCCCUUUGUCGUACGAUCAUAGAAUCGACAUCAGGAGCGAGCGUAUAAUUUAAUCGACGAUCCCGCAGCGAAAACUGUCCCGAGCAGACACACGGCAGCAUCGUGCUAUUCUUUUCGAAUUAUUACAAGAAAAAUUAAUGAAAGAUGUUCCAUGACAUUAGGACGUUAUUAUUAAUGAUAUUUCUAGCAACGCGUGCGUGUAAAGUUUAAUGUAUCUGUAUAUGAGACAUGAUGCGUGUGCGUGCGUGUGCCGUGCUGUGUGUAUGCGUGUGUGACGGAUGAGAAACUCGUAUCCCUUUCUCCACAAAUUGGUGAAAUCAAGAGCACGAAUUAAUUAAUCGUUCUAAGAUAGCACGAAGACAAAAUGACAAAUGAAGGAAAACGUGCUGUUCGAAUCGCUGAGAUAACGAACGGCUCAAAUUGCCACCUGUUUUUUCCGCUUCUCUCUCUCGCAAAUGUAAAGUAAACGGAAAACGGAAUCCACAAAGAGAAACGCCGUUGAUAUUCUCUCUGUGUCUCCUUGCGGAUUUCAUCCUCAUACCGCGCGUAAGCGAUUUGUGCGCGCCGGGAGUUCAAUGCAGUAGCGAGCUCGCAAGAGAAAUUAAUGGAAAUCGGUAAAAGAGUAAAACUAGAAAAGAGGUAUAAGAGAGCAAGAAUAUAUGGUCAACUCGAUGAACUUUAUUUGCGAAAUAUUGAUAGGAAUAUAAGGUGUAACUCGUGACACCUUUAUCAUUGUCUGAUUUGAUGAUAUUUUGUAAGUCUGGACCAGUUGUUAGGUUCUUAUUAAUCCCAUAGCGACUUCUUAUGGCGUAUUUUCUCUGUAUAUUGUCAAUGUUUAUUAUUAAAUAUUUUUCAAAUAAA